AUGAGCCGUACAGGCCUCAAUGCUCAAGCUGGAGCAGACACCUGCCCCGAAUGCACCAUUCUCGAGCCCGUCACAGCCUGGCCUGAUCUUGACGCCGUCCAAGUCGGCCGCAGUGGACCCUGCGGCUACAACGCCCGUGUAAGCGUCGAUUACAACCAGCCCGGCCCUUACUGGGGCUCCGCGCCCGUGAUCACCUACAAAGGCGGCGACGUAGUCGACGUGCAGUGGUGUGUUGACAAUAACGGCGACCAUGGUGGCAUGUUUUCCUACCGCAUCUGUCAAGACCAGGCGCUCAUUGACAAGUUCUUAACCCCUGGGUACCUGCCUACGGAUGCCGAGAAGCAGGCAGCUGAGAAAUGCUUCCAGACUGGCACACUGCCGUGCACAGAUGUGAGCGGGCAAACUUGUGGGUACAAUGCGGAUUGUACGCAGGGACAAGCAUGUUGGAGGAACGAUUGGUUUACGUGCAAAGGGUUCCAGGACACUAAGUGCAGGGGUGUGGACAAUGCACCGCUGAACUCUUGCUAUACGAGUAUCGCGGGUGGAUACACUGUCUCUUCCAGGAUCAAGAUUCCGAACUACGUGUCGAACCACACACUGCUUUCGUUCAAGUGGAACUCGUUUCAGACGCCGCAAGUGUACCUGACUUGUGCUGAUAUCAAGAUCACUGGUUCUUCCGGCUCCAAUCCCCCAACAACAACCAGCAAGGUCUCCUCCGUAGCGCCAACCUCGACCAAAGCCAGCUCGACUACUGCAGCCACUGGAUGCGCGACACCUGUUGCAACCGUUGCCGUCACAUUCAACAGCAAGACCACAACCGUAGUCGGACAGACGGUGAAGAUCGCAGGAUCCAUUGCGCAGUUGGGUAGCUGGAACACUGCAAACGCACCAGCACUAUCUGCCUCAAAGUACACCUCGGCCAACCCUCUGUGGACUACGACGAUCAAUCUGCCUGCUGGCACCAGCUUCGAGUAUAAGUUCAUCAGGGUGGAGAGCAACGGUGCUGUGACCUACGAAUCGGGUGCAAACAGGGCCUACACGGUACCGGGGAGCUGCGCAAGCACAGCCACGGUGGAUGCGACAUGGAAGUAG